AUGCUUUGGAACUUCAAAGACAACGAUCCUAUUCACGGACCGAGAAGUCAGGCCAACGAACACACAACGAUACUAGCGGAACACGUCCUCGAAUUCCAGCCCGACGCCUCCACAUUCAACGGCAGUCACGAGACCUACUGUCCGAUCACGGUGUCAGGACCGCCGUGUCCGCCAGCAGGCCUCUUCGACAUCUCGCAGUGCUCCUUGCCCGGCCAAAUCUCGCCGCCCAUCUACGCCUCGAUGCCGCACUUCCUCCACGGCCACGCCGACCUGCGCGCGCCGUUCAAGGGACUCCGCAAGGCCAAUCCACGCAUCGACACCGUCAAACUUCUUGUCGAACCGGUAGGGUCGUGUUUCCUGAUCGAUUAUGCUGAGGCCAUUUACCACACGUAG